CCGACCUCUCCAUCCAUGGGCGAGCAAACCCACUCCCAGACUCUCUCCUCCACGCCUCCCGUCUCCGCCUCCGCCUCCGCCUCCGCCUCCGCCGCGUUACCUGCCACGACCAGGGCCUCGGACCCCGCCUCUGCCGCCUCCACCUCCCGCGCCAGCGCCGCGGCCUCCCGCGCCAGCGCCGCGGCCUCCCGCCUCAAGAAGAAGGAGGCGAACGCAUCGCCCGACCCCAACCCGGCCAAGAAGCACCGCCUGACGUUCUCGAUCCCGGGCCAGCCCCUGUCCGCGGCCGGCGAGGUGGGCGUGGCCAUCCGCCACCUGCGCGCCGUGGACCCCGCCCUCGCCGCCGUCAUCGACGCGCACGAGCCCCCCGUGUUCCAGUGCCCGCACCGCCCGUUCCACUCCCUCGUACGAUCCAUCCUGUACCAGCAGCUCGCCUUCAAGGCCGCCGCCUCCGUCUACUCCCGCUUCCUCGCGCUCCUCGGCGGCGAGGCCAGCGUGGCCCCCGACGCCGUCCUCGCGCUCAGCCCGCACCAGCUCCGCCAGAUCGGGGUCUCCCCGCGCAAGGCGUCCUACCUCCACGACCUCGCCCGCAAGUAUGCCUCAGGGAUCCUCUCCGACGCCUCGAUCGUCAACAUGGACGACCGCUCCCUCGCCGCCAUGCUCACUAUGGUCAAGGGCAUCGGCGCCUGGAGCGUCCACAUGUUCAUGAUCUUCUCCCUCGCGCGCCCCGACGUGCUCCCCUCCGCCGACCUCGGCGUGCGCAAGGGCGUUCAGAUGCUCUACGCCCUCCAAGACGUGCCUCGCCCCUCGCAGAUGGACAGGCUGUGCGAGCGGUGGCGCCCCUACCGCUCUGUUGGGGCCUGGUACAUGUGGCGGCUCAUUGAGUCCAAGGUGCCCCAGCCGGCGCCGCCCAUCCCUGCCCUCCCUUCGCCGGACGGCCAGAUUAUGCUACAGCAGCAGCAGCAGCAAUCUGUCAUCCAAAUGAUCAUUCCCUUUUAGAUGCUCCCAGGGAUGGGGUGAAUUCGGUAUCACUUCUGCCCAUUAGUCACUCCAUCUUAGAUCAAUGUUUACUCUGCGCAUCCGAUAGUCAGUUCCGCACUUUGUUGUUCUGGAAUGGAACGGCAGGAGGGUGGACAUGAAAUGAGUAUUUUCGUCCAAACUUAUUAAGUUUUCAAUUUGGUUUGUGUUGUUUAUCUGUGUCAAGAAUCUGUGAAGAUCAUGGUUGGCUGUUGUUUACAAUGUAAAAAUCACCUAGUAGUAUUUU